AUGAAUACACCUAUUGAACAAUAUACUGCUUGGGCUCGUCAAGUCUAUAAGGAUGAUAAGACUAGACUAUUUCCAAUGUCUGCUGAACGACUUUGUCUAUAUGUAAAAUACAAAAAUAUCUCGCCUGCAACUAUUCCUGAAUUGAUACAAUAUCUUGCAAAACAUCCUAAACACGGUGAAGAAUGGAGCAUCAAGAUGAAAGAGCACCCUUCUAUUUCUGACUUUUUUAGUAUAAAGAAAACAAAGAAUCAAUUGGCAAUAGUAAGAGAGCCUAGCUGCGUUGUUGUCGAAGGAUCCAAAGCAAAAGGCUUUAUGAUCGUAUCGAAUAAAUCAAUUACAAAUAGUAGUAAUAAUACAAACAACAGCAGCAAUAUCGGCAAUAUCAGUAGUAAUAUUACUGGAAGUAGCAGCAGUAUCAAUAUGAUUGGUGGUAGUAAUAACAGUAGUAACAGCAGUAGUAGUAGUAGUAGUAAUAAUAAUAAUAGCAUAAGGAAUCGCGCUAACCUUCGCGUGAGUUUCUGGGAUACGGUCGAUAAUGAAAUAACCAACACGCGUACUAUCUUACAAAGACCAAAAUCGAUAAAGACUAUAUCAAAAAUACAGACUGAACCACCAUCCCAGCCAGCACAAUCACAACCAGAUGAACUCCAUAGAUUAUCAACUGUCAAGGAAAAAGUUAAAAUUGCAGAACUCAUUGCAAAGAACAAACGAUUGAAAAUCAAAAGUACGAGUACCAAGUCGCAGUAG